CCUUCACUUGUCCAUUGAGUUAGGUCUCCGACCUCCCUCCGCUAUCCACCAUCGUCAUCGCUUUCGGAUUAAUUGGGUUUUUGUCUCCUUAUCUUUCUCAUCAUCGAUCCCUUCUCCAUCUCCAUAUCCCUUCUGCAUCCAGUCAUCUUCGUUCAUUAAGCUUUGUUUCUUCUCUCUUUUUUUGUGCUUUGUCGAAACCCUUAACUCUUCUAUUGAUUGACAGAUAAGCUUUGCACGAAAAGAGAACUCAUCGUUACUGCAGUUAGAUACCAGAUCCUACAUCUACCACCAUGCAACCUCAGGGCUAAGGCUAUACUACCGUUCAAGCUCCAAGUCUGAUAUAGAUUCGCCUUGCAAUCCUAGUCCUCCCCUGCUCUUACAAAAUGGUAUUUUGUUCUUGAUAUUUUCAUUGAUUUGCUUAUGCUUUUUUUGCAGUUGGUAUCGUUCCUUGCGGUAUGCAAUCCCUUCAAAUGAUACUGUAUGUUUGUUUUAUAGUAUAUAGUUUAUAGUAUGUACUUAAUUCUGUUGUCCUACUUGAAUGAUCUUGGCUUUCAACUGAGUUGUUUCUUUUGUUGUUUGAGAGUGCUGCAAGUGCUGAGUUACUUUUACCGGCCAAUUGGGUUUCCUAGCAUUUUGGAGUGGAUUCUUGUUCUUGUUCAUACUGUUGCUAUGGAGUAUUGCAGGGUGUUAUUAAUGAUUUUACAACAUUCCCCUUCCAUUUAUUUAGCUCUAUGGAGGGGUUCUAAACUCGUGUUUAGUUUCCAAAUGAUUUGUUGUGAUGAGGAUGGUGGCUUCAAAGAUACAGGGUAUUGGAUGAUGCUAACUGGUGGCUUGCCAGUUAUUGGUGAAAAUGGUUCAUUUUCAUCACUCGUUUUUGCUUGCUGCAGUAAGAGAAGUGAAAGAAGGGCUAGUUACAAAAAUCUUGCUUUUGUACUGAUCUAUCAUCUCAUGGUUUCUCAUCUUAUGAUUGAAAUGAAUUGUGUAUCUCGUGUUCUCCAAACAUCUUAGAAGUGAACAUGUUUCUGCCUCAUUCUUUACAAGAUAAAAAGUGGGUACGCUUUAUCACCCCUCAAAUUUUUACUACUAUUUCACUAUUUGUCAUUUUGCGGAGAGGGGAGUUUGUGUUCUCCGUGGGUUGGGUGGUCGCGGCGGCCGGAAUUGCUUCGAUUGGGUCGGAUCAGAAGCAAAUUUUGCCGCCGCCUGGUUAGAUCAGCACACACGCUUUCUGUACACAUGUUCCAGUUGGCCCCUACCGCAAACCCUGCAGCGAAGCGCGUUCUUUUUGUCUCCGCGUCGCUUCACCCUGCUUUCCCGGAAUCGCCGGUCUGCCACUUAUAACCCAUACCACCUUACCUCGCUGGCGCAGCCUACAACCCGUCCGUGUAUAGCUACUUGACUCCACUGUACACUGGGACAAGCCAACCUUUCGACCUCAUUCUCGCCUGUCGCCUCCUAUUGGAAUUGGAAUUCUCUCUCUUUGUUCCAUGAUUCCCUCCCAAGUUCUUCCAACAGCUCUCUUUUGCUUUCCUCUCUUCUCCUUCCAUAAUCCCUUUCUUCUCUCUGCAACCCAAAUCCUAAAGUUUUCUCUUGCUGUUGGCCGCCAUGGAACUCAAACGCGGAGGAAUAAGGGAUCGAUAUGGAACAGGAGCAGCGCGGUGAGAAUGAAUGUGACAAGAAGGAAGGAGAUCCGCCAUCGCAAAGUACUUCUCGCGCCCUAGAGGUGUUGCCUCUCCUCAGUCCCAUCUCUCUUUGUUCUGUUUUGUUGGUGGAAGAGAAGCCGCAGGAAUAGCUGAAAAAGAAACGCUCAAUGAACUCUCGACUUAUUUUUUCGGGACUUUCACCUCUCGACUUAUUUUUUCAGGAAUAGCUGAAAUUGUAACGUUUCUCGGGAUAUGUUUUUUGGUUCACAGGCUGCAAGCUUUGGCAUCUCAUAUAAUCAAUCAAUCCCUUUGUGCGUGUUUCUGUUCCAGUUGUGGUUUCUGAGUUACUGCACCGCUUUCCAUGGAGUUAUUGGUUCAUGGUGGAGGAGUAGGGCAGUUGGCCCUUCAACAAAGACCAGCAAGAAAUCGGUUCCAAUAGUUCCCAGCAGUUCUCCUUUGAGCUCAUGCUCAACGUCUCAGCCUCAGCCUCAGCCUCACAGAUGCCUUAGUACUCUAAUGAUUCUAUGGAUCAUGGGGUGAACUGUGAGGGGUGGUGUUCUGGUUCUGCUUUAAAAGGGUCGAUGGAUUGACUUUUAAAAAUAUUUGUUACUUCAGCUUAUGGUGUUUGGUGCGAGCUGAAGUGAAUUUUUAAGAUCCAGGUGAACUGGAAUGUGAGUCAUGUGUUCUAUCCUUCCUUGGGAUACCAUUUCUUUCUGCAUCUUCUCCAAUGGCGUCUAAGCUGUAACAUACUGCCAUGUUGAUCUCACGUGCUACACCUGCGAAUCGACAAGGUUGUGGCUCCAGGAGCCCCGACUGCCCUUCCCUUCGGGCCCUAACCUUAGUCACUCUAGGUUUCAUUUUAUGUUGCUGCCCUGCUGCUAAGGCUGCGGAUUGGAUUUAUAAACUGGAUAUUGAUUGCUUUUAUUGUUUUUUUUUUUUUUGCUUAUCUCAGUCACCAGUCUCGAGCCCACAAUGGAGGAAUUCCUCAGGUGGUGGAAAGAUAGGCGGAUCCCUAUUCCUCGGGCGAGGGUGCUUGCUGUCUCUAUUGAUGAUCGUGCAAACGACCCAGUAUGUUCUGAAUAAACUUCUUCCUUGGCCUUUCAAGUCCAUAUUUUUAGUGGCUUCAAUUCUUUUGUUUGGGGACUUUGUGCUUCAUUGUUGCGAUUAUCAUCUCUUAUACCUUUGCAUGUUUGAUUUCCCAUUCUCUACAGAUAUUUGGCCGUUGCAAGAUAGCACGGUGAGUUACUGCUGACUCAAUUUGAGGAUUGCAGUUUUUUUAAAUACUUCCUUGGUUCUGUACUUACCCUGGCCUUCAUAUGCAACAGAUUGAAAUUUCAAUCCUCUUAAUGGAUGCUUUUUUGUGUCAAUGGCCAAUUUUGGUGAUGGUGCUGCUCACCCUGAAGAUGAUGACAUUGCUGGUUUGCAUAUAUUCCAGAAGAGCAGAUCGGUGGGGUAUGUCAUCUUGGUGAUAAAUGGUGUCAUUUCUGAGUCAUGUGUACAGUCAUGAGCAACUAUCUUAGUAAUCUGCUCACUCUUGGUUUAAUAAUUUGUUUAUAUCAAUCAUGGUCUUUGCUUACAUGUACAACCAAAGGCAAUGCAAGUUUGACAUCAGUCGACAUUGCACCUGCAGAGAACGCCAACAAUGGUUUCUCUAAUUCGUGGAAAGUUUAUGUUUCUGCUUCGGUGCAAGCUUAAGUGAAUUUUUAAGAUGCAGGUGAACUAGAAGCCAUUGGUGCAAGGAAGGGGUUGUUCUUAGAAGCUAUCUACCAAGCCCUUCAGGAUCUGUUUUGAUUCACAUUGUGACUGAGAAUUGAGAAAGGGAAAGGGUAUCCUCCUGCUGAGGCUGCUGCUUAUAAAAUGCAUGGUGAGUACAGUUGUCUGAUAUGUGACUCAAUUUGGUAUAACACAUUUUCAGAUAUAUCUUUCAAGUAUAUGGUGAAUUGUCAUGCUAUUUUCAUAGUAAUCUUCAUAUUUCUAUGCUUGGAAGACCUUAUUAGAAGACCGUCAAAUAUCUCUCUUCUGAACUGUCCUUCUUUCAGGAGUGGUGAAGUUUGCUGUCAAAAAGGGGCAGCUUUUUAAGCUGCAAUCAUCUAUCCUUCCAUACACACGAUACUUUGCUGAAUCAUUAGUCAAAGAAGCUGAGGCGGACAACAAUAUAGUAGCUAUUCAUGCUGAAUGGGUGGUGGGACUGUUCUCAACUAUUUCUAAAAGAAGUUCCCUAUCGAUACUUUGAAGUGGGGAUCACCGAGCAACAUGUUGUCACCUUUGCAGAUGGGUUACCUGCUGAAGGUCUCGAUCCAUUAUGUGCCAUCUACUCAUCUUUCCUCCAAAGAGGAUAUGAUCAGGUAAAAAUCUAUAUAAAAAACUAGGAUUUCGCCACUUACAGACAACUACUCAUGCUUUAACAAACUGGUCCAUUUUGAAAAAUGCAGGUUGUACAUGAUGUGGAUCUUCAGAAGCUACCGAUCUGGUUCACUAUUGAUCUGCUUCAGGUUUCCACGGGGGAACAGAAUUGCCGCAGUUAUCCCAUUCAACAACUAGGGAACUCCACUCGAGGUUGGCAAAGGAAGGGUGGUGAUGGAAAGAACUUGAAUUGCUAUACUGGGUUAUGGAGCUAUAGUGCAACAGUGCCUAUGAGAUUCUGAUUAUUAUGGAAAAAGGUUCGAUUAGUUGGUUUGGGUCUCAUGCUUCUCAUUUCCUGAGCUUGAGUGGAAUUCUAGAUGGACCCCUUAAGGUGAUUAGCUAACAUUUUCACUGAUCCUAUUUAAUUCUUUGAUUUUCUUUUUGUUCUGUUAUUUCACUAUGGGUUUGUAUGAAUGUAGUUGAGACCAAUGGUGCUUCCAGAUAGGUACAUCUGUCUCUCUUGGGAAAGCCUAAAGCAGCUCUGCAUUUCUAAGUGAAAUGCAAAAAUGGUAUGAUGGAAUCAAUGGCUGCAUCAUUACUUCAUUUACGUUGCUCCAAAAAUUCAGCUGACAGGACUAAAUGAAGUGGCAGCUGAAGCGGGUAAUUAGUAGAACAAGAAGUAAACGACAGGAUGCAAUCAUUGAGCAAGUAGAUGGUGGCUUGAACUAAGUUGUGUGGAACAUAAGCUUCAUCAUGUGUCCCAGAUAUCACAAUCCUCAUACUUCUCCCAGGAUGAUGAUCACGUACUCCAAUUUUAGCUCCUGAAAUUUGAUUCUCCCGAAAAGAAAUUCAGCAACCCCAAGUAGAUAGGCAUUUUGUUCAUCAAUGAUAUAAACUUAAGUUUCUACUCUACAUAAUAUAUUUAUUAUUAUGAUAAUUAUUUGCUGUAGGUCCGCCAACCAAACUAACAAU